AUGGGUCAAGCUGGCGGGCGGUCUCAGGGAGCGGAGCGACUCAGCAGCAGCUCCCAGGGAGAACAAGGAGCGAGGCGAGAAAAGGCCGAGGCGGCGCCUCCGCUGAGCUCAUAUAGCCAGGAGGGACUUCAGGAAAAAUACAAAAAUCAGCCUAAUUUUCAGCUCAGUUUCCUUUGCAGAAUUGCCCCUGCUAUGCUAAACCAGGCUUCAUAUGGAACCAUAAAAAUAGGCACAUACCAAAGCCUAAAAAGAAUAUUUAUUGAGCAGCCAGAAGAUGAAACCCUGGCUGUAAAUGUGUUGUGCGGAAUUCUCUCUGGUGUGAUUUUGUCAUCUAUUGCUAAUUCUACAGAUGUCUUGAAGGGGGUGUCUCUUACUGCUCAGAGAGCUGCUGUUGUUGUUGGAGUGGAGCUGCCAGUUGAUCUUGCCAAGAAGCACAUAAUUAUGUCUGGAUCCAUGGGAGAUACGGUGUAUACUCACUUGAUAGCAAGUUUUACAUGUGGCUUAGCUGGAGCUCUUGCAUCGAAUCCCAUUGAUGUUGUGAGAACCCGGAUGAUGAAUCAGAGGACCUUACUAGGUGGGACACAGUUUGGUUACAAGAAUACUUUGGAUUGCUUGCUUCAGACAUGCGAGGAUGAAGGGGUUUUUGCGUUGUACAAAGGAUUCUGGCCAAACUGGUUGAGGCUUAGUAUCCUUAUUGUAUCCUUUUGCAAAAGUGUUGGCGUGCUGCGUACAACUUGA